UUUCAAUCUAAUUACGAUCCUUCGUAGGACGUGCCUAGGUUAGAUACUGCUGCGUGAUCGACACUAUACGGGCGGGGUUUGGCGCCAUUCCCAACUCCGACACCUCCACAUCAAUAAGCCUUCGGAAGCCGGCAUCCGGCGCAGUCCUGCAUUCGCCGGCUUUCCUGCCAAAGUCACGAUGUGAUGUGAUGAACUUUCUUUUAACCCAGCAUCCGCAGCCUGAAAGCAUCUUUUUGCCGAGCACUCCACUUAUCGCUUAACCAGUAUCCGAAGACUUGGGAAGUAGGGCUGACCACCACGUGGUCUGCUAAAGAUAUCUCACGAUGCCAAGCCGACGUGUACCACCUGAGCGACGCAAGCGUACAGAGAUUAGUUGUGACAAGUGCAAGUCGCGGAAGCAGAAAUGUCAUCGGCCAGCAGAGACCCCGGAAGGUGUCGAACAUGCGCCAUGCCGGUAUUGUCAGUCACAUGGCUUCGAGUGUGUAACAACGCAAAUGAGGAGGAAGCGUAUGUACGGUUCGGCGGAGGGUCUCGGGACACGUUUGAGCCUUCUCGAGAGUCUAGUCAGGGGACUGGUACCGGAAGCAGACACAUCUAGCAUUGAGGGCAUGCGUGCUCUGGGGGCUUCACUCGGAAUCCCACUGCCACCGCCAGAAGAAUCGACGCUGCCCUUGGAAACAGAAGAGAAUAUUGAGCAGGGUUCUCGAAAUCAGCAAGAAGACGUUCCCGUCCUACGUGACCAACAGGGCCAAACGCAAUACAUAGGCCCAGCGAGCAGUUAUGUCUUCCAAAUUCGAAUACGAUCCCUUUUCGCUGGCGGCCAACCUCAGAAUCAAGGCCAGUUUUUCUUAUUCGGAAGUAACCCGACCGAUAAGGCAUGGAUGGGCGAAGUUACAGACCUUGGAAGGGAGAUGAGUUCUGGGAAAAGCCCGAUGACAAACCCAUCCGCUUCUUCGCCUGUGGGUGUGGACAGAAAACCUGCAUUCACCGCGUCUCCGGCAUCUACUAUGCAGGACGUAAUAGAUGGGCCAGUUCCAGAUACCCUGAUCGCAGCAUACUUCGACCGUAUACACUCCGAUUUCCCAGUACUGCACGAAGCCUCUUUCCGUGAAGAAUACGAACGAUUCUGUCUUAACCCGGCAUCACUGACCACAGAGGCGGACCCAACAUGGAUAUGCAGUUUACUGUGCGUUUUGAUUUUAGCCAGGCGAACGACCUCUAUCGAUUCAUUCUCUCUCAAACAAAGUCAGGACGCCGAAGAUCGAUGGUGGAGAAAAGUACAAGCUCUAUUGCCCAGUGUCGUUUUUACAUCAAGCGUAUCAGCAGUGCAGGCGCUGCUCCUAGCUGCUCUACACUUGAACAACACCAACCACAAAGAUUCGAGUUGGACACUGACCGGCACAGCCGUCCGGAUAGCAGUCGCCAUUGGCCUUCACCGGGAAGCUAAGGCACCUUUACAUACACCACUGGCACGAGAGUUGCGCAAGCGCGUAUGGUGGACACUAUAUCAAUUCGAGCUGAUGCAAGCAGCAUCACUUGAUAGGCCAAGUGCAAUCGAUGAUGCAGCAUGCUCAGCAGGGAACCCACGCCAGGCUAUCCUUGACAUGGGAUCGGCAAACAGCAUGGCUUAUUCCAAUCGUCUCUUGAUACUGCUUUCGCAAGCCUGCCGGGUCGUGAGGACCAUCAACAACACAAGUGAGGUCAACGAAGAGCCGUUCAGCGGGCCGUUGUCACCCGCUGCCGCACUGAUUAGGGAUUUGCGACGGUGGAAAGAAAGUCUGCCAAGACAUCUAUGCCUAGAAGCUGUGAGCGGCCAGCAACCGUCAUCGCAGCGGUCCAUACUAUUACUACAUGUCCAGUACCACCACGUACUCUGUGUCCUCUCCAGGUACGGCAUGCUUGCGCUGGCCAGCCGACUAUUCUCCUUAGAACCUCGGGCCAACCCACAACCCCAACCUGCGCAAAGAUGUACGACCUUAUCAGAUGUCUGCACUGAAGCUGCACAAGAGUCCGUUCGUAUUCUCUUGAGAUUAGUUGGUAUCGGAGGCUUCGACUCGGUGACCUGGUGGGAUUUCUACUUCCUCUAUGCCGCAGCGUUGGUCUUAGUCCUCAACAUUAUCAGCGAAGUCAAACAGCUGAGCCUCGACCCUUCCUUCAAACCUCGAUGGCUGAACAACUCUCGGUCGCUGUUGGCUUCCUGUGCUGAAUUUUCUGCCAAGCUCCAGCAGAACCCACUGGUCCCUGGUACCACGCGCCGAUAUGCAAUGGUCAUUGAAGACCUGAAUCAAAUGAGCCGCAACUUCUCUGCGGUAGAGCCUAUAUCACACGCACCUCCGCAACCUCAAGCACAAGCUGAGACCUCACACCAUCACUUGCAGGCUCAGCAGAACGAAGUUUACCAACAAGGCUUAGUAGAUGUAAGCCAUACAAUGCCAGAACCGCAACAGGCGUUACCAGGACUAUACAUGUCACAAGGCCCGACAGGUAUACAAUUUGUACCCGACUUUUCAGGCAACUUUGGUUACCCGGAUGCUUCGUGGGGAUGGAGAGAAGGACAAUGGAAUGACAUCGCCUCCAUGCUUCUGGGCAACGAGUACGGCCACGGGUAGGGAAUGCCGCACUAGCAGUACGUGUUGCGUGCGGGGAUGGAUGCGGAUACGAUUUUUGACGACUGAGGCGUUGAAGGGCUGGUUAAUUAGCAUAAAAGAUACCCCGAACCAUAAUAUCGAAAUACCAGUCUACUAUGUUUGCUUUG